GGCCGCCCGGCCGUGGUUUCGGUUGGCGGCCGGCGGGUGGGAGAGGCGCCCGCCGCCUUCGAAAGCAGCUCGGCGCUGGGGCUGAGCAGUGGAGGCGCCGCACGGUCAUGGGUCCCCCCAGGCACUGGGGGAAGUGGUUCCUGGGCCUGCGGGUGCCGCCCUCCGGCGUCUUCGGGGUGGCCUUCCUCGCCCGGGUGGCCCUGGUUUUCUACGGCGUCUUCCAGGACCGGACGCUGCUCGUGCGGUACACGGACGUCGACUACCACGUGUUCACGGACGCCGCGCGCUUCGUCACCCAAGGGCGCUCCCCGUACCUGCGGGCCACGUACCGCUACACCCCGCUGCUGAGCUGGCUGCUCACGCCCAACGUGUACCUGUGCGAGCUCUUCGGGAAGUUUCUAUUCAUCAGCUGCGACCUGCUCACCGCCUUCCUCCUCUACCGCCUGCUGCUCCUCAAGGGGCUGGGCCGGCGCCAGGCUUGCGGCUACUGUGUCUUCUGGCUCCUUAACCCGUUGCCCAUGGCUGUGUCCAGCCGCGGCAACGCGGACUCGCUGGUGACGGCGCUGGUGCUGGCGACGCUGUACCUGCUGGCGACGAGGCAGGUGGCGUGGGCCGCGGUGACAUACGGGCUCGCCGUGCACAUGAAGAUGUACCCGGUGACCUACAUCCUGCCCGUGGUCCUGCACCUGCUCCCGGAGCGCGACCCCGCCCAGCCCCGCCGCUCCUUCCGGGCCCUCCCGUUCGAAUUCCUCAAGAGGCUGUGCAGUCGCGCCGUGCUGGUCUUUGUCACCGUCGCCGGGCUCACGUUCUUGGCCCUCGGCUUGGGCUUCUACCGGAAGUACGGCUGGGAGUUUUUGGAGCACACGUACCUGUACCACCUGACGAGGCGGGACAUCCGGCACAACUUCUCGCCCUACUUCUACCUGCUGUACUUGACCGCGGAGAGCCCAUGGAGCCUCUCGCUGGGCAUCGCCGCCUUCCUGCCGCAGUUCUUCCUGCUGUUGGCCGUGUCGUUCUCCUACUACAGAGACCUUGUGUUCUGCUGUUUCCUGCACACGUCUAUCUUCGUGACGUUUAACAAAGUCUGCACCUCCCAGUACUUCCUUUGGUACCUCUGCCUGCUGCCGCUGGUGAUGCCGCUGGUGCGGAUCCCGUGGAAGCGGGCCGUGGGCCUCCUGAUGCUGUGGUUCCUCGGGCAGGCCCUCUGGCUGGCCCCCGCCUACGCCCUGGAGUUCCAGGGGCAGAACACCUUUCUGUUUAUCUGGUUAGCCAGCCUGUUCUUCCUGCUUAUCAACUGUUCCAUCCUAAUUCAGAUUAUCUCCCAUUACAAACAGGAGCCCCUGGCGGAGAGAAUCAAAUAUGACUAAUCUGCUCCGGUCCUCUCCCAGCUCUCCUGCAUUCUGGUUGUGCAGAACGGCCGGAAGAGAGCUUUGGACACAUUUUCGAACAUGCUGCUCACUCUAGUGAAAGUUCCAUUGGGAGCCCAAGACCCUGCUCCAAGGGAAAAUUAAAAUGAGUGGUUGCCCUAGGUAUAAAGGGGACUCAAUAAUUGAGGUCCACCCCUAGGAGAUCUUAGGACUCAUUCAUCGGGGACACGGUGGGAAGGAAAGGUUGCUUAUUUGAAAACGGAAAAGCUGAUGAAGCUAUCAGGUGCUACAAGGUUUUGGUAGAAAAAUGGAGGACCCUACCGAGGCAUAGGGCCUAGGCCAGCAUUCAUACCAGUUACACUAUGCCGCGUCUAAAGUGGUCCUCUUUAUACCUCCCCCCCUUUUCUCUUAAAAGCUUUUCCAAUAGUUGUGAAAACUCAGGGAAUGUUCCUAAAGUACAGCUUUUAGAUGUAAAGUGUUAAAUAAUACUGCUUAGGUUGGAAACGUUCCUUCUGUAUUAAAAGCCAGAAUUCUUGGCUUAGAAAAAGCGCCCACAGAAUUCACAUUGAAA